UGUGUGUGUGUCUUUAAGCUGCUCACACAGCAGAGCAGGUCACUGUUUGUUCAGUCUGUCAAUAAGUAAACGGGAACCAGGAACAGUUUCACUCCAGAUCUGUCCCAGCUGAUCCAGAACCAUCAGAGCACAGCUCCCCGACCACCACCAGUCCUCCGCCGUGCCUGCUGCUGCAUCACUAACAUCCCCUGAAACGCCCCGGAUCUGGACCAAUCCGUCUCCAUGGCAGCAGUCGGAGCAGCAGGCGCCGCGUCAUGGUUCCUGCCGUCAGGACUCGUCGGCUUCCUCGUCCUCCUCAUCCUCCUCUCCAUCUUCCUCAUAGCCGUCUGCAUGGACUGCGGCAGACAUUCUUUCGAGCUUCAGGACCCUCAGAUAGAUAAAUUCUCCUCAACUCUCAUCAGAGUGGUGAAGCUGGAGGAGGUGAGGGAGAACCCCAUGAUCGACGAGAUCCAGAAGGAUGAAAAAGAGCCUGUCCCAGAGGAAGUCUCCUCCACCUCCUUCACUCCCUGGAGGAGCCACCCGAUGGCACCACCGAGUCAAGAUCUAGACUCCGCCCACCUCUUCCAGACCAUCGGAGGAAGGCGGGACAACGGCGCGUCGUCCGGUCCGGCUAACGACAAUCCAGCGCAGCGGCAAAACGGUGGUGGCGACGACCAGCACGCCGGUCGUUCCGUAGCAAAGAUAACUCUGAGCGACCACGACAGGAACUCCAUCUACGCCAGAGUCAGCAAGAAAGUUCGUCUGACCAACUUACCUGUUCACGCACCCGAGGAGCCGGAGGGGGACGAGCCUUCGCCUCCACUGCCUUACAGGGGGGCGGAGCUGGAGGACUGA